AUGGUGCAGGGUAUAGGGUGCAGGCUGUCUCACACGAUGGCUUCCUGUGAAGAGUUCGAGGUCACAGUUCACACCUCACCUGGUCCCACCUGUGGAACCUUCAGCCACCUGUGGCUCAACCUGAUUGGCUCUCAGGGGGAGACUCCGCCCAUCAACGUGAACGAAGGCGACCUGCAUCUUCUGUCUGGAUCGUCGUGCCGGGUCCGGGUGCGUAGCGAUGCUCCUCUGGGACGCCUGGUUCUGGUCCGGCUCCGUCUGGAGGCUCGGACCGGAUUCCCUGACCUGGAUUGGCACUGCAACCGGGUGGAAGUCAGACCGGCUGAUGGACCGACGGAGGAGGGGCAAGGUGGGGAGGAGGUGUUCCUGUGCAGCAGGUGGCUGAGGUCAGCUGAUGGUGACGUAGAGCUGCACAGUGGAAAAUUGUGUUUGCUGAAGGACGAGACAGACGAGAAGCUGAAGCAGCAGCGGCUCCAACAGCUUCAUCAUCAGCAGAAACUCAUCAGGUGGAGUAAGCAUGUGGACGGCGCUCCGCUCUGCGUGGACCUGAACAGUGUGUCUGAACUUGGGCCGAACCUCAGCUACACACACAAUAGUCCGGCUGUUAACAUGCUUUACUUGAAAGGCUUCGCAGGCCGAGCGGAGGCCUGGAAGAGCUUCAGCGAGCUGGAGACGUUUUUCAUCCACAAUGGAAACCAGAACAGCGUCGCCAGUAAGAAACAACCAGAAACAGUCAGUCAGUCAGUCAGUCAAAUAAAUAGCUUCACCUCUGAAUUCUGCGUUUUUUCUCUGUCAGAGUUCAUUCGGGCUCACUGGACAGACGACUGGUUUUUCGGCCACCAGUGUCUGAACGGCUGCAACCCUCUGCUGCUGCGUCAGACCCGCCUCCUUCCUCCACACCUGUCCGUCACCUCUGACAUGCUCCACCCCUUCCUGCCUGAAGACUCCUCCCUUGAGGCGGAGCUACAGAAAGGGAACAUGUACCUGCUGGACUACGAGGUGCUGGAUGGUGUCACGGCCAAUGAGAUCAACGGGAAGCAGACGUACCUGUGCGCCCCUCUGUGCCUCCUCCACCUGAACCAGCAGGGACAGCUGCUGCCCAUCGCGAUCCAGUUGCAGCAGAAGCCUGGACCUGAGAACCCGGUCUUCCUGCCCUCUGACCCUGGCUGUAAUUGGCUGCUGGCUAAGAUUUGGGUCCACAAUGCAGACUUCCAGUGUCACCAGUUGGCCUCCCACUACCUGAGAACCCACAUGCUGGGGGAGCUGUGCUGCGUGGCCACACUGCGGCAGCUCCCAGACCAGCAUCCACUGCACCAGUUGCUGAUGCCACAUGUCAGGACGUCUCUGCAGAUCAACUUCCAGGCCAGAGCGACGCUGCUGGCGGCUGAUGGGGUUUUCGAUAAGGCGGUGGGCUGUGGUAUGCAGGCGUUAUCGGUCUUUCUUUCCCGGGCAUCGGCGAGGAUUUUUUACCGGUCCAUGUGCGUCCCUGACGACCUGUCCGACCGCGCAGUGGACAAAUUACCGAAGAGCUACUACGCCCAGGACGCCCUGAGAGUCUGGGACGCGCUGCACAGGUUUGUGGGCAGCUGGGUGGAUCUGUAUUACAGUGGAGACAAUGAUGUGCAGCAGGACUCUGAGCUUCAACACUGGAUCACUGAAAUCAACACACACGGCUUCACACACAACUCAGGUUUCCCUCAAUCAUUCCAAACCAAAGCAGAAGUUUCCAAGUUUGUCACCAUGCUCAUCUACAGUUGCUCAGCUUUGCACAGUGCUGUUAAUUUCUCCCAGCUGGAUUUUGGUCUCUGGAUGCCGAACUGUCCGGCCUCCAUGAUGCGUCCUCCUCCGCAGGUCAAAGGGACGGUGACGGAGGAGGACAUCCUCUCCUUCCUUCCGGACGUCAACGCCACCUGUCGCGUCCUGACGACACUUAGCUUGUUGUCGCAGCCCACCGUCAACUAUGUUCCUCUGUGUCACUACCAGGAGGCUGUUUUCCAGGAUGGCGCCCACCGCAGGCUGGUGGAAAAGGUGCAGGCUGACCUCCGCGCCAUCGCUGAUGACAUCAAGGAGCGCAACAGCCAACUGGAGCUGCCGUAUGUUUACCUCUGUCCCGGACACAUCGAGAACAACGUCGCUAUUUAG